AUGGGUGAUGGUGGAGUAGGAAUGGGUUGUGAUAUGGGCAAUACUAUAAUUAUUUCUCUAGGUGCCUUUGUUGAGGGUCAUCAAAAUUUGGAUGUGUUGUUGGUACCAAAUGAGGUAGUGGAGAAUUAUAGGUCACAAAGCAAGGAAGAUGUUAUUUUUAAGCAACUUAUAAGACAACUAGAGGAUCAGGCAACUGUGAAUGACCCUUUGACAAGGAUGAGCAUUCAAUUCAACACUUUAAGAUCUGCAGGUCUUUUUUCAGAUUUAGGUGCUUUGUUGCUUGAGCUUGGCCGCACAACCACGACACUGCGAAUGGGUCAGGCACCGGCUGAUGCUGUUGUUAAUGCUGGUCCUGCUGUGUAUAUAUCCACAUCUGGUCCCAAUCCUAUUAUGGUUCAGGUGCUUCAGCCAAGGCCAGGUUAUGUGAAAGGACUCAGUAUGAGGUCUUCGUCUUCUGUGAAUACAACUGUUGCACCUGCUGAAAAUAGUGACUAUGUUCAACGCCUCGAGCUGCAAAUAGCACAACAAAAUGAACAAAUUGCAAGCCCCCAUUCUAGAUACCGGUUGUCGGAGGUGCUCCAGCAGGACCAUCUGUAUCUACCCGAGGAGGAGGGAGAGCAGGGCGAGGGACAGCAGUACACCCCCGCACCAAAGCAGGGCGCACUCAUGUUGGGAGCAGCUCACGAGCACACUUCCCCAUUCCAGAUACUGGCUGUAGGAGGUGCUCUAGCAAGACCAUCUGUAUCUACCCGAGGAGGAGGGAGAGCAGGGCGAGGGACAGCAAUACACCCCCGCACCAAAGUAGGGCGCACUCAUGUUGGGAGCAGCUCACGAGCACCGAUUCCAGACGACAAUGAGUCCGAGACACAGGCAGAGGCAAAGGCAGAGUCAUCGGAGGAUGAGACUGGAGAUGAUUCGGGCUCGGGCUCAAAUGGUGGAGCCGGCGACGAUGCUCCUGGACCUUCGUCCAGGAAGAGGACAAGGAUAGACUCUCAUGCCUGA